AUGGAUUACAAGAUGGCAUCAGUCAAACACUCCCAUACUGUCGUGAGAAAGGCAAAUGUCAUCCUGGGACACAUCUACAAAGGUUAUUCAGAGGUGCUAUCAGACUCCUCUCUUUUAAGCAGCAUUAGUGAAGCCAGGCAGCUGGUAGAUGCAGCAUACUUACUUGCCCGAGAAAGCUCAAAGAGAAAAUUAGAGGAAAAGGAUGCCACACCAGCAGAUUUCCUGAAGCACUUAAAAGAGCCAGUAGGAAGAACCAGAUCUGCGGUCCGCGCUGCUGACUAUUUGGAAACUACUUUGGAACUGCUGAAAAGGAAGCUCCAGCUGUGUGGGAAAGGAGGAUUCAAUGUUACAGACCUACUAGACAUGCAACAGAAGGAAAUGAUUUCCAAAGAAACCGGCUGUGACUACCAGAUUCGUUCCAUCAAAUGCAAAGAGGAUAGCAUUUAUCGGACCUUUACUGGAGAGUGUAACAACAGAAAGCAUUCUCAUUUUGGGGCCUCCAACCAUGCAUUUGCUCACUGGCUCCCUGCAGAAUAUGAAGAUGGAGUGUCUGUUCCCAGAGGAGUAAGUGAAGGAAAGCUUUACAAUGGAUUUCCGCUCCCUCUGGUUCGAAAAGUGUCAAAUGAGAUUGCUCGAACAGCCAACAAUAAUACUACUCCUGAUCAAGAGCUUUCACUUGUCUUCAUGCACUGGGGCCAGUGGGUCAUCCAUGAUACAAAUUUAGCCCCUUUCAGUAGUGCAGGAAUGAACCAGGAGCUUCUCUGUGAGACUGAGUGUGCCUUCAAGCCCCCUUGCUUCCCAAUUAAGUUCCCCCCUGAUGACCCACGGAUGCAGGGAACAAAUUCUUGUAUGCCAUUCAUCCAGUCAGCUUCAGCGUGCAAUCCCAAGACAUUUAUUCGAGAGCAGAUCAAUGCAGUGAGCUCAUUCCUUGAUGCCAGCAUGGUGUAUGGCAGUGAACAGUCUGUGGCAAAGAGCAUUCGAAAUCAGACAAACCAGCUGGGUUUGAUGGCUGUGAACCAGAAUUUUACUGAUGCAGGGUUGGAGUUAUUGCCCUUUGAGAAUAAAACAAAAAGUGUUUGUGUGUUCACAAACAAGAGCAUGAACAUCCCCUGUUUUAAAGCAGGUGAUAUACGGGUAGCUGAAAACCUGGGACUUUCUGCUUUGAACACUGUCUUUCUAAGAGAACACAAUCGCCUGGUUACAGAGCUGAAGAAAUUAAAUCCUCACUGGGAUGGAGAAAAGCUUUACCAGGAGACUCGAAAGAUCAUAGGUGCCAUGACCCAGAUAAUAACAUACAGAGACUAUCUUCCACUUCUGCUUGCAGAGGAGACUAGCAGGUGGAUUCCCCUGUACAGUGGCUACAAUGACACUGUGGAUCCUACAGUGGCAAAUGUUUUUUCCUUGGCUUUCCGGUUUGGUCAUACUACAGUACAACCUUUUGUAUCCCGUUUAGAUGACAGUUUUCAGCCUUUAGGUUCACUCUCUCAUGUUCCUCUUCAUCUGACUUUUUGCGCUUCCUGGAGAAUUAUAAUGGAAGGUGGCAUUGACCCACUAAUACGGGGAAUGAUGGUUGAUCAUGCAAAACUGAUGAAACAGAAUCAACUACUCGUUGAAGAACUCCAGAAUCAUCUUUUUGAACAGACAGAGAUAAUGGGUUUGGAUCUAGCAGCCCUGAACUUGCAGCGGGGAAGAGACCAUGGUCUUCCAGGUUACAAUGCCUGGAGGCGCUUUUGUGGGCUCUCCCAACCUCAAAAUGUGGGCGAACUCUCUGAGGUGCUAGGAAAUUCCAAGCUGGCCAAAAAGUUCAUAGAUCUGUAUGGGACACCAGACAAUAUUGACCUCUGGAUUGGGGCAAUCACAGAGCCUUUUGUUCCACAGGGCAGAGUUGGGCCUCUCCUGGCCUGCAUCAUUGGCACACAAUUCAGGAAUCUACGUGAUGGAGACAGAUUCUGGUGGGAGAAACCAGGAGUGUUCACUCCACAGCAGCUGCAUGCCCUGAGAAAAAUCUCACUGUCAAAGGUGAUCUGUGACAAUACUCAUAUUAAAAAGAUACCCAGGGACAUGUUCAAGGUCAGCAGUUAUCCUGAGAACUUUGUAGACUGCCAUGAGAUCAGCACACUCAACCUCUCAUCCUGGAAAGAUGAGCCUGUGAGUGGCGUGAAAGUUUCUAAUCUUAUUCAUCGGCCCAACAUUGGGAACGCCUAAUGAUGCUCAGCUGCUCUUGGAGAACUGCUGCCU